UUGAGUACUGCGUCUCUCUCCUCUCUUUGUUGUGAAAUUCUCAGAGCGACGAACAGUGGAGCUUCAGAAUGAAGGCAAUUUGGAUGAAUUGCUUGCGGAUCUGAGGCGAGUUUGGCGAGGCACAUUGAAUCGGAGGUGAGUGAAGAAUGAGCGGAGCGAGACUGUGUGGUUUGUUGGUGGAAUUGGGGUACAAAGGGCCGGAGGGAGUAGUAUUAGACCCCGACAGCUUUGAAUGGCCCUUCCAAUACGAUGACGCUCGCCCCAUCCUGGACUGGCUCUGCUCCAGCCUACGCCCCUCCAAUGUCCUCUCCGCCUCGGAGCUUUCUCAUUACGAGCAAUUUCUACAAGAAGGGAAGCUACUGGAGGGGGAAGACUUGGAUUUUGCUUAUGAUAGCAUAUCAGCCUUUUCAAGUAGGAGAGACAACCAGGAGGCUGUUUUUGGUGCUGAAGAAGGAUUGAAAGACAUACGGGAUGCUACUUUAGCGUUUAAAGCUGAGGCCUUAGAAUUGCAGAAACAGCUAAAGCAACUGCAGACUCAGUAUGAUUUGCUCACUGGCCAGGCGUCAGCUUUGAUCCAAGGAAGAAGGGCUCGAGUUGCAGCAACUUCUACAGUCAAUGGACAGCUUACUUCUAUAGAGGACAGCCUUUCAGCCAGAAAUUUAGAGAUGAAUGCAGUUCUUGGAAGGAUUGCUUCUACAUCUCAAGAGUUGGCUCAUUAUCAUUCAGGGGAUGAUGAUGGCCUUUACUUGGCUUACUCUGAUUUUCAUCCAUAUUUGGUUGUGGAUGCUUCUUGUAUGAAGGAGCUGAAUCAGUGGUUUGCUAAACAACUGGAUACGGGUCCUUAUCGGCUCGUUGUUGAGGAGGGCAAAGCUAAAUGCUCUUGGGUGAGUCUUGAUGAUAUUUCAAAUGUCUUGGUACGAGAUAUAGAGAAAUCACAUCAUCAACGUGUAUCGGAAUUGCAAAGGCUUCGUUCUAUAUUUGGAACUAGUGAAAGACAGUGGGUAGAAGCUCAAGUUGAAAAUGCUAAGCAGCAAGCCAUUCUCAUGGCACUUAAAGCUCAAGUAACGUCAGAUGAAGCUCACAUUCAUCUUGAUCUCCAUUCUCUUCGGAGAAAGCAUUCUGAACUGAUGGGUGAACUUUCAAAUCUCUAUCACAAAGAAGAGAAGUUAUCUGAGACUAUUCCCGAUCUUUGUUGGGAACUGGCACAGCUUCAAGACACUUACAUUCUGCAAGGUGAUUAUGAUUUAAAGGUCAUGCGGCAAGAAUUCUAUAUAAAUCGGCAAAAAGCAUUCAUCAAUCAUCUGAUUAAUCAGCUAGCAAGGCACCAGUUUUUAAAAUUAGCUUGUCGGUUGGAAAAGAAGAAUAUGCUUGGAGCUUAUUCAUUGCUCAAAGUUAUUGAGUCAGAGCUGCAGGGAUACCUGUCAGCAACUAAAGGCCGUGUGGGUCGUUGCGUAGCAUUAAUACAAGCUGCAUCUGAUGUACAAGAACAAGGAGCAGUGGAUGAUCGAGAUACUUUUCUGCAUGGCAUUAGAGAUCUCUUGAGCAUUUAUUCUAAUGCUCAAGCUGGAGUUUCAACAUAUGUAUCAGCACCAGGCAUUGUUCAACAGAUUUCUGGCCUUCAGUCAGAUUUGAUGUCCCUUCAGUCUGACUUAGAGAAUUCCCUUCCUGAGGACAGAAACAGAUGUAUCAAUGAACUGUGCACACUCAUUCAAAAUUUACAGCAACUGCUUUUUUCAUCAUCAACAACUGCACAGCCAAUCUUGACACCUCGGUCAUUGAUGAAAGAACUUGAUGAAAUGGAAAAGAUCAAUGCAAAACUCUCUGCUGCUGUUGAAGAAGUGACACUUGAACAUUGCAAGAAGAAUGAAAUAGUAAAACAUCAUUCACAAGAGGUGGGCCUUCAAAGGCGGGUUUUUGUUGACUUCUUCUGUAAUCCAGAGCGUCUAAGGAAUCAGGUCAGAGAACUGACUGCCCGGGUCAGGGCUUUGCAAGCUUCAUAGUUACAAUGGCUAUGGAGCCAUCAGGUGAGCAUCUGAGCAUGUGUUAGUGAGUUGCAAUAUCUGUUAUAUUUGUGGUGGAUGCUGAACUGUGUUGCUUGGUUUAUUAAGCCUAUAAAUGCCCUCACAUUUCUUUAUCACCAACCAUAGCCUGUGCCACCACUUGGUACAGACAGACAAUAGUAAUUAAGUAAAUAGUUUCUCUCCAUCAAGAAUCAUCAGUUUUGGAGUUGUUCGAAACAUCACUUGGUUGUGCUGUGGAUGCCAAUUCGACUUCUUUUUGCGGGGAAGCAGCAGCAGCACACUUCUUGGAGGGCUGAGCCUGUUUGCUGUUGUUGGAAUUUGUCUUCUGAGGUCUAAUGUUAGUGUCACCAUAUCUAUGAGAACUGGCAUUUGAUCCCUUUCUUUGUUUGUUGUUGGUGAUCUUUGAAAACCAUGCCUUCAUCUUGAUGCUAGCCCUGUAAUUGAUUGGUGUGUGACUUCAUCAUCAUGGAAAUCAUGUUUUUCCAAAUACAACUUAAAUUCAGUAA